CCAAACUCCACAACAUUAGUGCAAAGCAAUACUGCAGUGUGGUCGUGACACAAUGGAUUAUAUCGUGAGAGCGUACGACAUAGUGUUCUAUGAAAGAGCAGAUCCCCGCGUCCUAGACUGGCCGCUCAUGGGCUCACCAUGGCCUCUCUUAUUCAUCAUCACCAGCUACCUGGCCGUCAUCAAGAUCAUAUUACCUGCUUACAUGAAGAACCGGCCGCCUUAUGAACUGCGAAGCAUAAUCAAAUGGUACAACGUGGUGCAAAUUAUCGCUAACGCUGUUGUUACUUGGGGGAUCAUGACCUCCGGCUGGACAACGACCUACCACUUCGGCUGCAUGCUCCCUGACUACUCCCUCAACGCUGAACCGCUAAGGAUGCUCCGGUUCCUAUGGUGGACCAUCAUACUAAAGCUACUGGAACUGCUCGAAACAGUGUUCUUCCUCAUGAGGAAGAAGGAAGGACAGGCGUCGUUCUUGCAUGUCUACCAUCAUUGCAGCUCGCUCACUAUUAUUUGGGCGGCGACCAAGUAUGUUGGAGGUGGCAUAACAUCCUUCUCGCCCAUGAUCAACAAUGCCGUGCACGUCAUCAUGUAUCUCUACUACCUACUGUCAGCCGAAGGCAGCCCGGGCGUCAAAGCCACGCUCAUCAAGUAUAAGAAAUGGCUCACUAUUGUACAGAUGAUCCAAUUCACAUUUAUGCUUGUGUACAGCUCUCAAGUAUUCCUACCAAGCUGCCCGGCGUCAAUGGGCGUGCCACUUCUAUACUUCCCUAAUGUGAUAUUUAUUUACUACAUGUUCUUGAACUUCUUCAGAGAAAGUUACGUUAAGAAAGGCAAAGUGGAAUUAAAUGGAAAUGGAGUGAAGAAAUCUGAAUAACUAAUUUAUUCUAAUCUAAGAUCAGGUCAAAGACCCUUAACGCAUUCACUGCCAAUGUUAUCAUAGGGCAACACGCAUAGCAAAUGCAUAGAUUAUAGGAUUUUCCCGCUUUGUAGAGGAAACCUACUAUGAACAGAGCACCCGCCAAGUGGGUUCCUGGCUGUCAAUGUGUUAAGAUGAGGGAUAAAUAUAUUUACUGUGUAGAUUAUAAGUUCAUUGAUUAAUGUAAAUAUUUGUGACCAUGGCCGGCAAGGUGCCAUUUUGUUGUUUGCCAUAAGAACGAGACUUGCUUGCAUCUUUAUAAGAAUAACUUGUCAAGGAGUCCUUAUGGCAAGCAACAAAGUGGGACGUUUUGCUGGCCGCUGUCACAUUUUUUGUAGUUUAUUAUCAGCCUAUGUGUGAUUACUCUUCUAAUGAACUUGAAAUUCGGAAUGAGUUCAUUGUUUUUAUUCCAAUUUAGCACUUAAGUAAAUUUGCAUAAAUGUAAUUCUUUUUAAUAUAGUUAAUAAAUUAAUGUAAUACAGUCAUCAUCAAUAAACAUUCGAUUCAAUUUGUAAAAGGGUAAAGAAACAGCGAGACUAAGUGACUGAGUCACACCUUUACGCAUUAAUAACCACUGCUUUCUUUAGUAUACAUUAUUAGUUUAGAGAUUAAAAACAAUAAAACUUUUUAAAAGUAUACAUAUAUUUUGCAUUAUGAUUCUAACUAUUAGAUACCGAGAAAUAUCUUUUAUGUAUUUGGCAAUUAGUAUGCCGAUAACCCGUACUUUACACAAAAAAAUCUGGCAGUAUUUAUCGCUGUAAUCAACUGUAAGACAGCGGAGAAAAUAAUAGUGAAACGUCACUUACCGUGUAG